AUGUCAGAGGCUUCGCCAGUGGAGGCCUUCAAGGCUCCACCACUCCCUCUACACAAAGUAAAGCAUCACGAUGAUGACGACUCUGAGAAGGUCCCGGCUGCUAUUAUGAAUUUCGAGUUUCGUCAGUUUUACCGCGGUGAAGAUUGUGAUCUUCCGAAGAGUCAUAACUCUCCGUUAACUUAUGCGGGGCAUCUAGUAGCUACACGACAUAUAGUCCAAAUCAUCAUCUGUUUGAAGAUUGGCUAA